GCACAGCGAUCGGCGGUGCGCUGUGUCCCUUGGACACAGCGGAUCACGGAAAGAGCCGAAGAUGUCGGCUCGGUCAUGUGAUCAGCUGUGUCCAAUCACAGCUGAUCACAUGGCACUGAUGAUCAGUGUGCCCUGAUGAUCAAUGUGGCCCCAGAAGUGCCACCUGUCAGUGUUCAUCAGUGCCAGCAGUCAGUGCUCAUCAGUGCCAUGUGCCAGUGCCCAUCAGUGCCACAUCAAUGCCACAUAUCAGUGCAUACCAGUGCACAUCAAUGCCACAUAUCAGUGACCAUCUGAGCUGCCUUUCAAUGUCACCCAUCAGUGCCAGUCAGUGCCAUCUAUCAAUGCCAAUCAGUGCCACCUGUCAGUGCCAGUCAGUGCCACCUAUCAGUGC